GCCGUCCCCCUCUCGCUCUCAAGGUCCUGUCCUGUAGGCCCAACCCGUUCUAGUUCAGCAGGAUCCCAGGCCCCUGGAGAAGCAGAGGCUUCCGGACCCCCAGCCACCGUCCAGAACAUGAUGGCAGAGACCCCCGCUCCCAUGGCCGGGCCCGGGAAGCCCACUGCUGGGGAGGCCCAGGAGGAGAAGGAAGUGGAAGAUGGGGACUCCCUGAGGCCCAGGGCAGAGACGCUGAAGCAGGCCCAGGAACUGUUCCUGCUGUGUGACAAGGACGCCAAGGGCUUCAUCACCCGGCACGACCUGCAGGGUCUGCACAGUGACCUGCGCCUCACGCCUGAACAGCUAGAGGCUGUGUUUGAAAGCCUGGAUCAGGCCCACACAGGCUUCCUCACUGCUUGGGAGUUCUGCCUCGGCCUGGGGAAGUUUGUGGGGGUGGAGUCAGCCCAGGGCGCACUGCCCUCCCAGGCUCCAGAGGAAACCUUCGAGUCGGGCUGGUCAGAUGUGCAAGGCGCUGAGGGCUCCCUGGAGGAAGAGGAGGAGAGAUUCUGUGAAGCGCUGGAGCAGCUGGGGGUGGCCCCAGUCCUGGGCGAGCAGGGAGCGGUGCGGACGCUCUGGACCUGGCUGCAGAGGGAGCGACCCGAGCUGCUGGGCUCGUUCGAGGACGUUCUGAUGCGCGCGUCGGCCUGCCUGGAGGAGGCGGCCCGAGAGCGGGACAGCCUAGAGCAGGCGCUGCGGCGGCGGGAGAGCGAGCACGAGAGGGAGGUGCGGUGUCUGUACGAGGAGAUGGAACAGCAGCUUCGCGAGCAGCGCCAGCGCCUGCGGAGUCAGGACCUCCCCCGGGAGGAGCGCAGAGGCCUCCUGGAGCUGGAGCUGCAGAACCGCGAGCAGGAGCUGGAGCGUGCGGGCCUGCGACAGCGGGAGUUGGAACAGCAGCUGCAGGCCCAGGCCAGCGAGCAGCUGGAGGCGCAGGCGCAGAACACCCAGCUGUGGCUAGCCAACGAGGCGCUGAGAACUCAGCUGGAGGGGACGCAGGAGCAGCUCCGCAGACUGGAGGGCGACGUGCAGGGCCGCCGGGAGCAAACCCUACGGUGCCUGGGGGGGUCGGGGAGGAGGCCGACCCUUAGGGCCGGGCCCGGGGAGGGGGUGGGACCUGCCCUCUUUGGAGAUUGCGCCCCGACACCCCGCCGCCCCGGGAAUAGGAUACGGGCGGGAGAGAAAAUCAAGGUCCUGGACUGA